CCUUGAGCUUCAAAAAAUUUCAAACACUGAACUUUGGGUCAUUGUCCGGUGCCACUGAUUGUGACCGAAAGAAGACCCACGGUCCAAACCCAUCUGUCCCUUUCGCCGAGUAUGCUUUUCAUUUCCACAAUCCACCUGGCUUAAGCUAUUGUAGAUUCGGUGAAAACCGUGGGUUUCUUAGUGUAAGACACCCUUCUCCUUGUCUCUCUCCAAUAAUUUGAAUUUCCAUAGCCAAAACCCUCUGUAAAACUCGGCCUUUUAGUUGCAUUGUGGACUUUCUUCUCCAGAUCUUUUCAGUAGAUAAAAUGCCACCACAGCUAGGUGCCCAAACAUUUCGAAGUCAUGGAAAAGAAAUUGCAAGGAUUCACAUGCAUGACUGGAUUAUUCUCUUCCUACUGCUGGUGAUAGAAGUAGUUUUAAAUGUAAUCGAACCAUUCCACCGUUUUGUUGGAGCUGACAUGAUGACGGACCUUAAGUACCCAAUGAAAGACAAUACCAUCCCCGUGUGGGCUGUUCCAAUUAUUGCAAUUAUAUUACCUUUCACUGUGAUGCUUGGUUUUUUCUUUCGUGGAACUGGAAGGAAUGUUUAUGAUCUGCACCAAGCUAUUUUAGGUCUUCUGUUUUCUGUACUCAUAACUGGAGUUAUUACUGAUGCAAUCAAAGAUGGUGUUGGUCGGCCUCGCCCAGACUUCUUCUGGCGUUGCUUUCCUGAUGGAAAAGGAGUGUUUGAUUCUGUAACUGGGAAUGUCAAGUGUACUGGAUUGAAAAAUGUAAUCAAAGAAGGACACAAAAGUUUUCCAAGUGGACAUACUUCUUGGUCAUUUGCUGGCCUUGGUUUUCUGUCAUGGUACUUAUCUGGGAAAAUCAAGGCCUUUGACCAACAAGGUCAUGCUGCCAAGCUAUGCAUUGUUGUCCUACCUUUACUGUUUGCAGCAUUAGUUGGAGUUUCACGAGUUGAUGAUUAUUGGCACCAUUGGCAAGACGUAUUUGCUGGAGGCUUUAUAGGGUUCACUGUUGCUUCAUUUUGUUACUUGCAAUUUUUUCCCCCACCAUAUGAUGUAAAUGGUUGUAUGCCACAUGUCCAUAAUGCAAGGAUGGGGGAGUCACGAAAUGGAACACAGCCCCCAAUAUACGACCAAAGCUGUAGUCUGGCUGUAAGGCAAACUGAACUUGAGAACGUAUAUGCCCGGUCUCAGCAUGGCUUGGCAAUAACAGAAUUCAAUGUCCCCGACUCGAGCCCCAUCUUGAGUGAUGUGGAGAGUGGAAGAAGAUAUUAAUGCCCAUGUUGACUGUAUAGCUCCCAAUAGAUAGCUCUUCCCUCUGGCGGUUGUGUCAAAUAUCUGCAACUAUUCUGAUUGAGAAAAUUCUAUGAAAGGUAAACUAGUCUGCUGCCAUUUUUACAUGCAACGGCUGUAAAUGAACCAUGGAUUAUGUUUUACUAGAAGACAGACACAGACAGUGAGUGACAGAACUAAUGUAGUAGCCAUGAUCUUUUGUGGGAAUAGUUUCUUGGUUUUUUUUUUGGUUUUUUUGUUUUUUUUGUUUUUUGUCUGGAUUGAAACAGAAUUGUCUUGAUUAGUUCUUUUGAAACUGUCAUGGAAUUGGCCAUUUGGUGUUGUGGCUAAACAGGCUUGUUCUGCU